ACUCCAGAUGAGAGACGUUCGCGUAAGCUGAUAAUCAAGAUCAAUCGAAAUUAUAAAGCAUGAUUUGUCCCGAGCGCUCAAUGCUAAUCACGUGACUCGGAAGCGGUGAUUCAACCGUGCAGAAGUGCUUCGCGCUGAGCUGUCUUUAUUAUCUGAGUAGCUACCUAUCGCUGGUAGAAUGCACGGAGUGAACGUUGAUAGUUGUUCGAGUCAGUGUUCCAGACCUCGCCGGGAUUACGAGAAUGAGGAAUCGUCUUUGGAACUUGCGACGGGACCGAAGUAUGUGGCGCAGAUCCUACGGUCCUGGACCCUUCGGUUAAAAUCGAGCGGCGAGACAGAGAAGUGGCCAUUCGAAAUGGAGGAGAAACCGAUACCAAAACCUAGAUCGGUGCUGCCCGAGCGUCCGGUACCAGCGCCGAGGAGAUUGCCCCCGUCGUUACCAGCUUCCCGGUACAGCACUCACAGCACUCAUAGCACUCAGAGCACGCAGAGCGAUUCCAGUCAAUCAGAUAGAAGCGACGAUGCGAAAUCGGAAACGCGCGGCACGAACAUCGAAUUCUUCCGCAGCCUGAGCGCCAGUUCUCGUCAGCUGAAGGACGAGAUCUCGGAGAAGAUGACGAUGAAAGGUCGAUCGGUGAUCUCGAGCACGAGAAACGCUAGCAUAAGAUUGGAACAAUCGGUGAAGAACCUACUUACGCGGCGACUGUCCGUCUUGAAUCAGGACGACCUUAUACGAAACAAUACGGGCGUUGAUAAGAAGUUGAAGGAUCCGGUGGAAGACGAGAGAUGCGCGUCGAUGCCGGCCGAUGAUAUUUUCAGUAGCAUCUCGUUUUACAGUCCUCUGAACAGCAAUCUGAGGAGCGUCAGAAACGAGGAGGACCUUUCCGGGGCUCGUCAUAGCCCGCCACCUCCCGCGUAUCCUCCGCCCCCGCAUCCUGACGAAUCUAUCUACGACGAAUUGCAGUCCGUCACGUCUGGCAGCAGUCGAUACGACACGAUCAGUUCGACCAUCUCUGACAAAGUCGAGAGGGAUUUCCCCGAGGGGUUCGAUCUCCUCAAUUUCGCGCUCAGUCAGAGCAACGAUUCCGACCAGAGCUUAAAUCUCUCGGACGUUAACGUGAGUUUACCGCAUGACAAAUCGGAUAACGUGAAGAGAUUAUCCAGAUCCGAUUCUUGGACUUUCUACGACGCAACGCCAGUAGGGAGAUCCGAAGGGGUCGACGAGCUCGACAGGAUAUCGAGCACGGAGGAGGACAUCCUGGAGAUGGCUAUUCUCGAACAAACGUCGACGGCGUCCAACGAGAGCCAAGCAUCGAUUCAGAACUCUUUGUACGAGAACCUUUCGCCCAAAAAGGAACAAGAGGAAAAGGAAGCGACGUCGAAUAAUUCAGAGACCAGGCAACAGACCAGCAGAUCCUUGCUGAUCGAAUUCGAUCCGUUCGUGAGAAUCUCCGACGAGAACGUGUACAGCAAUUUCGAAAAUAAUGAUCUGAUGUUAUUGGAAGCUUUAUUGGCCACGAACGACUCGCCGAGCAGUUCCAGGCGUGUCCCGAGCUCACCGAGCAGUUCUAGGAACAUCCUGGACUUCCAGGAAAUGGCUGAUAACGAGUUGGACGACGUGGACGAGGAGGACGAAGAGCCGGUCUCGUCAAUGCCGCCGGAACCACCCAAGAGAUUUGAUUCUUUACCCAAGAAUGAGUACGACGGAGUCUCGGAAACCUCUUCACAAACUGAUAAGGGCGCUGCGACGAAGAAUCCUGCUCUGCUACCGAAACUGGCUCAUCUAGUGACGAGAAGACAACCAGCUGUUCCGCCUAGGAAGUCGAUGAUAAAAGGCAAUGAGACACCACCUCAGCCUUCUUCUUCCGCCAAGACCAAUGACGAUGCAGCAUCGAGUACUUCGAGCAAUGCGACGACGACGAACGCCGACGAAUCUGCGGACGCUUCUGGCGUGAAAGUCACAGAGGAACAGCACAGACGGGUGGGCAUGAUGCAGAAAUUAAGAAAAUUGAGGCACGAGUCCAGCGGGCACGGGAUCAGGCCGAACGUGAUGAGUUUCGUGAAGAGCGGUAGUAAACUGUUGUCCAGAAAUCGUGACCACGGCGGUGGCAGUGCUACGAAUACCGCGAAAUCGACGAAACUGGAAAGGCCGAAGGCGAACGUCCUGCAGAAAGUCGCGACGUAUCGAGGUGUCGUUUACAGAACGGGUGUAGGCAUAGAAAGGGCGAAGGACCUGGUGCCGAGGACGGCGCUCUUAGCCGACGGAAAGCUCUCGCUUUACGCCGAUAAGAGCAUGUCUACUCUGAAGGAGGUCGUUCACCUCGACACAAUAUACAGCAUUCAUCUUUUGCAAGACGUCAAGAUUGUUGAUGGAGAUACAGUACAUUGCAUAGCAAUUAGCUGCGAGGGAAGGCCGAGCGUUCACGUGUUUUAUGCGAAGGGAAUCGCGGAACGAAGGAUUUGGGCCCAGAGGAUACUGGAAGCCAUUACCACGAUCUUUCCCACGAAGUACACGGCUGAACUAACGAGAGCAGGAUGGGCUUACUUAAAGGAAGGCGUAACUGGCUCGUGGUUUCCUGCUUGGGUUCUCCUUUGUCAACGAACAUUAAUCUACACGAAAUCACUGGAUUCCAACACAACCACUGUUGAAGUUGACCUCCGAAAAGCUCGAUGCAUCGUUCUACGGGAACAGGAAGGACCAAAUUCUGAUGCCGGCUCGGUUCCUGUAGUAGUCGUCGACGCAGGUGGUACCGGUGCCUUACAUAUGACUGCGCCAGGAACUCACGAAGGAUCCGCGUGGAGGCACGCGCUUUAUCAAGCUGCUACUACUUGUGGUCCAGCUUUGGAGCAGCAGCAACUCACGCAGGACAAUGUCCCAGUCAUUCUUGAGAAAUGUAUCAACUUUAUUUACCGUCAUGGUAUUAUGUCGGAGGGCAUUUAUCGGCAGAAUGGUUCCAACAGCGCAGUGGUUAAAUUGUUGAAGGCAUUUCGUCACGACGCAUGGGCAACGCAAAUUACGAGGAGCGCGUACACGGAACACGAUGUAGCUACCGUUCUCAGAAGGUUUCUCCGUGAUUUACCGAAUCCAUUGUUCCCCUCGAACAUUCACGAUCGGCUUUGUUUCACCUCAGAAAAUGUGCACGAGAAUGAGCGUGUCGCGGCAUAUAGAAAAUUGUUGUCCACGUUAACGCCAGUAGCGGCGGCAACGCUCAGGAGGAUUCUUGCUCACCUUCACUGUCUGAGUCAGCAGAGUUCCAGGAACCUUAUGACUGGUGAGAAUCUUUCAGCGAUAUGGGGACCGACGUUGAUGCACGCUGGCGAGAAUAGUAUCGAUGAAUGGAACCGGGCCGAGACGAAAGUGAUUGGUGACCUCAUCAAGCUUUAUCCGAAACUGUAUCAACUGACCGCCGCGGACUUGGAGAAAGAGGCGAGAAUCUUGGAGGUUCUCGAAAAGUAUCACGUCUCGAACAAUGGCCUGCGUGGAGCGCCUUCGGGUGACCUCAAGAUCUGGAUCUACAUUUUCUCCAGGGACGGGGAAUGCGUCAACGUGACCAUCGGGCCGCAUAAGACUGCGUUCGACGUAUGCGUGGAAUUGACCGAGAGGACGAACACGCCAGCUCACGAGCUAUGCCUGGAAGAAUAUACUUUGGCUGGUGCGUUGGAACGGCCGUUGCAUCACAAAGAGCGGGUCCUCGAAGCAGUUGCGAGGUGGGGAUACUGGGAUCCUGAGGAUAGAAAGGACAACGUCCUCAUACUUAAAAGGGAUCGAGUGUACAAGGAGAUUUCACCUCUGAUAAAACCACCGAUGACCGUGUCCGGUGAACUUAAAUUUGCUGACACUAAGUCGAAAAAUUUUAAGAACUACCUCUUCGAAUUUAGUCAGGCAAAACUGUAUUGCUAUAAAGACAGAGUUUGCGCGAAUGUAUUGUUCGAAUGGAAAGUGGAGGAUAUUAUCUGGUAUUUAGGUCACGAGCCAAAACGAAAUCCUCAAACAGGGUGGUCGAUCACAUUUAUAGCAAAAAAUAAAAAGCCAACUAGGUGUAAGGAAAGCCCGUUCUUUGGAAACACUAUAGCUGGAUCGUUGAAAGAAGAACAAUUAAAAUGGGUAGCAGCGAUGGUCUUCGGAGAAUAUCAGUUAAACGUCAGACCUCCUUCGGUUAAUCUGAUGGACCCAUAAACGAUUAACUUAUUUAUUAUAGUGCCCGAAUAGUACACAAUGCAAUUGCUCCGACUUUUCCAAUACUUUAGUACUUUAACAAAAAUUACAUGUAUUAUAUGUUAUAUUUUUUUAUUGUUCAUUUAGAGCCCGUACUUGCCUCUCUCCCGCGUAACGAUACGACAAAUAAACGAAUACAUGUAGUACUCAUGUUCCAAUAUUCUGGAGAUGCAAAUCUCAGCCGACGAACUAACUUAACAAAGGUAUCGUUAUAUUUAGACUGCGGAUUUGAUGCAUUCAUGGGGAAACUGAAUCUGCUGAAGUUACGAAAUUAUUCAAUAUAUCGCAUAAUAUUUACAUAGUUCGGUAUAUUGCAUAAGUGAUGAGAUAAGUGCAUUCAUCUGAAAUACAUUUGUUAAACGUGUCACUUUCCAUACAAAUCCGCAGCCUGAUUUAUAUUGUACGUACUAUUGUAUAUUUAGACAGAACUUUAUAAAUAAAAUAAUUUUGUACCUACAUAGUAUGUUAAUCUAACGAAUCAACUGAAAAUGUAAAAAAUGGACAUCUUCGCGUUUAAGUAAAUACGCGAAAUAAACAUCUAUGAAAUUAAAAGUC